AGGCGUCUGCGCAGGAUUCACCAAGCCGGCAUCGUGCCGGUCAAUUGCUUCCGAACGGAGCCCGUGUGCGGCGUCGAUGGCGUCACCUACUGGUGCGGUUGCGCCGAUGCGUUGUGCGCCGGUACCCGCGUGGCGAAAGUAGGAUUUUGCGAGGUUGGGAAUGGAGGUAGCGCCUCGUUUCCUGGUCAAGCUCUGCUUUUGGUUCAUAUUGUUUGGCUCGUCUUGCUUGGAUUUUCUGUAUUGUGUGGUCUUCUCUAAUCAUUCAAAUCAGAGACAUUUUAUGUUUCCUCUCGGA